UAAAAUGGCUUAUGUUACUGCGGGUGCUUGGUUGUUCGAAAAACGACCAUUAAAACGAAAUAAAUUAGGUCCUCCUGAUGUAUAUCCCCAAGAUCCGAAACAAAAAGAGGAUGAACUCACAGCAGUCAAUGUAAAACAAGGCUUUGCGAUCAAUGCACCUUUGCAGGAUGAAUUUGGCUCAGCAAGAAAUGCCAAUAUUACAGCAGCAAAGUUUGGAGCUUUUUUCAGUGCUAUUCUUGCCAAGAAACAAGAACUUAAUACUUUCCAUGACUCUGGGCGUAAGAAGCAACAAAUUAAUCCAAAAGAUAACUUUUGGCCGGUGACACCGAGAUCCAAGAAUGCCAUUGAGGCAUGGUUCAAAGAUUUGGCUGGGUCUAAACCUCUUACAAGUUUGGCAAAAAAGGUACCAAUAUUUAUCAAGAAAGAAGAGAUUUUCAUGAACCUCUAUGAGAAUGCUGUGCCAAUGGUACGAGCAACUUGGUUUAUAAAGAUGACAUCGGCUUACACUGUUGCCAUAUCUGAAGCCAAAAUGAAGAAGCGUCAGCUUCCUGAUCCGUCUCAAGAAAUGCUUACUAAAGAUACUUCUUUUUUUCAGGAGGGGCUUCUAGACAGGCAAGAUUUUCUUACCUGGACCUUGGAACUUGUAGAAAAAACCAAAAAUCCAGAUGAUUCCAUAUUACAACUCAUAUUACCAUUUGUUUUACAGUUUGUAGAUGAGUUCACCAACUCAGAACUCCUUUCUCGUCGUUUGGCUUAUCACUGUGCCAAGAAACUUAAUCACCUGAUAAAUGAUUAUAGUGUCAGCUCACCUAGAAGCCAAAGUCCUUUUAUAUUAAACCCUUCUGGCCCUACAGGGCCUGCUGUAUCACCUCCAACCCAGCCAUUAGUGAAUCCUCUUGCUGCCAAUCUUGCUGAAAUCAUGAGCUGUCCUCAUCACCGAAGUAUUAUUUUAAACUUAUCAGCAAUGUUACAGAUUAUCACUCUGGAUUGUCCUAGUGCCUUAGUAUGGAACAAUAUUGGGGAAGGAAAGUCUCACUCUAUCUUGAAUGGAUCUCCACUGGACUUGCUGCCUUGUAGUCCAUCUAGUCUUCCAAUGCCUCCAAGGCCUUACAACCCACAGAUAAGACAGGAACUUCGACAGGCAGAACAGCAAAUCCGAAAGAGAAGUCAGGCUGCUGAAGCUAGAUGGUCGCACGACAGAUGGCAUCAAACUGCUGCAGGUACUACCAUCACAAGAGUCUUGAAUGCUCUGGAUGCCUUGGAUAGACAUAGUUUUGAUAAAGUAGAAUCUGGAAACUCUUUGGACACUUUAUAUAGCAAGGUGUUUCCUCAGAGCUUUAGUAAGGAACGUACUACUAUUGGAGAAGUUCUUUUACAGGAUGAACCUGUAAUCAAACUACUGUGUGAGUGGGCUGUUACCACCAAUCGUACAGGAGAGCAUCGAGCAGUGGUGGUAGCAAAAUUAUUAGAGAAGCGACAAACUGAUUUCACAACUGAGAAAUUUGGAGACUUAGAGAUGAUGGAUGAAAAAGACUCCCAAGACUCUGGUGGGAUGGUUCCUGUUGGUUUGCCACUCUAUCAAAAUUUGUUAGUGGAUUUUCUUGAUACUCAAGCUCCUGUAAUAGAUGAAAAGAUGUCACAAGAAAGCAAGAUUGGUUUUUCUAAUUUGGUUUUACUGUUUGCUGAACUUAUUCGAUAUGAUGUUUUUUCCCAUGAUGCAUACAUGUGUACUCUUAUAUCACGAGGAAGUUUUGCUGAGCCUCCUGGAAUGCAACCAGGAUUGUUGGGAGUUUUGGUGCCCGGAGCAGGAAGAAACGUAACAGCAUUGGAGCCUCCUCUUACAGGUUUCAUGGCAACUCCAUCUAGGGGUUUUUCACCUGGUCCUGGCAGCACAGGAGGGCUUGGGUUUGUAGGAAGUGACUCUACCCGACAGCAAGACCCCUUACCCAUGUUUGAUCCCGUGAGCAAUAGGCCUAAUACAAACAGGCAUGAGGGGUCAUGGGAUGCCCCCACAGACCUUGAUGAUGCUCACAUAGAUGCAGAUCUUGACCAGAUUCUUCAGAACAUCAAAGAAGGUCAGCAGAACAUGAGUGACCAGCCAGAUCUUCUACUUCCAGAUUCAGUGGGGUCAGACAGGGGAGACGAUGCUACUCCACUCACUGCUUCCACCCCUCUUGGGCACCCUCCAACUGCAACGGCUCCUGGUGUCAGUAGUGACAGUGCCGCGGGGAAUGGCACUACUUCCAUGCCAUCUCGACCAGAGAACUUCCGUCACUUGCUUUACACGACCCACUUUCCUCUACCACAGGAUGAAGCAUCAUCACAUGACUGUAAUCAAAGACAUAUCCUCUUAUACGGGGUGGGAAAGGCCCGUGAUGAAGCCCGCCAUGCACUGAAGAAAGUGUCAAAAGAAAUAAUGAAGCUGUUUAGCAAGAAGUCUUGCAUGGACAUGGCAGAUGGAGGCAAGGUUAAGAAACAUACCAAAGAAGGAUUCAAUUUUGAAGCUGUAACUGCUCGUUUUCAAUCACUCUCAUAUUUUGACCAACACGUAGUGACACAGUCCUGUGCAUCUUCAGUGGUUGAGAUGUUAAAUGGAUUUGCUAAUGGUAACUCAAACUAUCUUCCUCUUGUAGAGUAUGUGUCUUUCCUUUUCGACCUGAUGGAAAUUGCUCUUAGUAUCCAUGGGCUUAUUGAAUUCUGUCUACAGUUAUUGAAAGAGCUAGCUGAUGUGGAAACCCAACUUGUUCAAAAGGGUUCUUUAUUAGCAGGAACGUAUGCUACAUCCAUGAGUCUGUACAUUGUUGGAAUUUUAUAUCGUUAUCAUUGUUGGUUACUUGUAUCACAGGAACAGACCAUUUCUGCUUUUGAAGGAUUAUGCAGAAUCAUAAAGCAACUAAAUAGCCCAACAGACUGUACAUCAGCAGAACGAUGUAUAUUGUGCUAUCUCUAUGACAUGUAUACCUCUUGUAGCAGCUAUUUAAAGUCUAAAGUACCAGACCUGUUCAGCAACAUGUAUCCCAAAGUUAAACAGUCUCUGUAUAGCUCUCAUAAACCAUCAGCUCUCAAUCUUUUGUGGAACACUACUUAUAUGAUAGAGUAUAUUAACAAUCCAAGAAUGAAAGUGGAUCCUCUUCAAGUAAAGCAGCUGAACGAGAAUCCACCUAACCGGUAUAGUUUUGUCUGUAAUGCUGUCCAUGCUAUCUCUAUAGCCAGAGAUGCUGAUAGGUUGAACGAGGUUUCUAUUUUAUGUGCUGAAUUGACAGCCAGCUGUAGUUCCCUGAGUGCUGAGUGGCUUGGUGUACUGAAGGCGUUGUGUUGUUCUUCCAAUCAUGGAUGUGGAUUUAUUGAUGUUCUGACACAAGUUGAUGUUGGAGAUCUGUCUAUUCAUGAUAACUUGGCAGUUUUUACUUCAAUUCUGGUGGCUCGACGAUGUUUUUCUCUUCAGGAUUUUGUUGUCCAUGUUGCUCUUCCUUCCUUAUUGUCUGCAUCUCCAGCUGGAAAUGGUGACCAGGAUGCUGAAUCUGGAGCACGUCUUGCUUGUCAUCUUCUUCUUCGUUUGUUUCGGACAGUGGACUUGCCUCAACCAGGAUCUGGUGGUGUUGGCUGGAUGUACCACUCAGGCACCUCACCAGGCCCAACUCUAUCAGGAGCACCUGCCCCUCGCCCACUGUUUCUUAUUAAACUUCCAUGUGACCGCCAUCUUCUUUGUGCAGCCAGGAACAGCAUGCAAGCAGAACCUGUACUGGCUGUAUUGAAGGCUAUUCUUGUGUUAGGUGAUGCUACUGGUCACAGUGCUGAGGCCAGAUCGAAGAAUGAUCAUGGACAGAGCAAGAGAGAACUGUCUAUUACAGACAUUUUGGGAAACAUGGAUGACUCAGACUUUGAUCCAUUGCCACCAACUGUGAGUAGGCUGCAGGGCGUGAACUUUGGCUCUAGUGGAGGAGGGAUGGAAAGUGCAGGUUUAAAUGAAUUUGCUCGUCACACUCUCCAGCAGAUAUGUUCUCAGGACUGGGUACAUGAGCGGUGUUUGAGGGAUCCAGAGAAAUUAUGUACACAAGAUCAUCUGUUGGACCCAAUUGUCUCCAAUCAACAGGCCCAGCUUCUGUUACACUUGAUCUGUCAUCCAAAGCGUGCUGAGACUAGAUAUAAACCUGAAGAAAUGGAGGAUCAGCGACAGGCUAUAUUUAAGAUCUUACAGAACCUAGAUCAGUGGACUUUGAGAGUCUCAUGCUUGGAGCUCCAGUUAAUGCAUAAACAGUGCUCUCCUUCUGAAGCCAGUGCAUGGUUGGAUAAUGUUGCACGGGCAACUAUUGAUGUGUUUCAGCUGACUAGCGAAGAAGGGAAUCAAUCCAAUAGUAAACCGUCAGUAAGCACCGGUGGAGAGAGUAAAGGCUCGUCAAGAACAGAGGGAGACAAAUCAAAUCGUAUCUGGCUGGUUGCACCAUUGAUUGCUAAGUUAGAAGCUGAAGUGCAAGGCAGGGUACUUCGUGCAACAGGCCAAGUACUGGAGAGUGGUAGCUGGUCAUCAUCUUCGAAAAACAAAGACAAAGACAAACAGGUGCAGAAAAGUGCAUCACUUCUAAGCCACCAGCCUUUUUUGUCUUUGGUCUUAAUGUGUCUGAAAGGUCAAGAUGAGCAACGAGAAGGUCUUCUCAAUUCUCUGUUUUCACAGCUUUCUCAAUGUCUUCACCUAGCAAAAGAGGAGAAGUAUGGAGCUGAAGAUUUGAAAACCAAACAAACUCUUCAGGAAGUCCUUCAGCUUCGACUGAGUCUAGUUGGAGGAAUGUUUGACAUGGUACAGAGAAGCAAUACCAUGAUGACUGAAUGGGGAGUUUUACUGGUGCAGUUGAUAAGUUUUGGUGUCAUAGAUCCUCAGACUGACAGUGAACUUUUUACAACUGUCCUGGACAUGAUGGCUGUUUUGAUCCACACCACACAAGUUUCUGAUACUUCAUCAGGAGAAAGGGGAGAAGAGACCAGAAAACAAUAUUUAAAUCUUGUUAAAAAAUUAAAGAAAGAACUGUCAGACAAAAUUACACCAGCCCUCCACAUGGUUAGACAGUUGCUACCAUUUCCAAAACAGCAGUGUGAAGUGAUUGCUUGUGAGCCUAUGGGGAGCUUGAUUGAUACAAAGGGAAACAAAAUUGCAGGAUUUGACUCUAUAGAUAAAAAACAGGGCCUGCAAGUAGCAGAGAAACAACGAGUUAGUCCUUGGGAUCUCUUAGAGGGCCACAAAAAUCCUGCUCCUCUUUCAUGGUCCUGGUUUGGAGCUGUCAGGAUGGAACGAAAGCCACUUCGAGGAGAAGAAACGCACAGAUUACUCCUUUGGCAUACACAUUCCCUUAAAAAACCUUUUUCUUACUUUUAUGAACCACCACCACUUCCUCCAGAGGAUCUCGAACCUCCACCUGAGAAACCUGCUCCAAUAGAGGAACCAAUCAAAAGAGGACGGGAUACACCCAGUGAACAAUCACCAAGGGCUGGAGCCAAGAAACCUAAACAAACUCGACGACGACGUCAGACCAAAAUGCAAACUGCCUCCAUGCGAACAGGUAUUAAUUAUGCUGACCCAGCUAUGUACUCCCAGGGUCCACCACAGACUUGGUAUGGCCAGCAGCCAACUCCCUACUACUCUCCUCAGCAAACACUGACACCUACAGGAGGACCUAGGUUUGAACGCCCCCUCUCACAGUCUAAGGCAGCUCUCAGUACAAUGUUGCGGGCUCGGCAUCCUGGAGCACAGUUCAUGCCUAAUCCUGGACCCAAUUCCCAGCAUCAGACGGGACCACCUGGCCAUCCUGGGGCAGGUGGUCCUAUGGUUGGGCAUCCUGGUCCAUAUCAGAACAUGGACAUAAUGCAAAAGAGGGCCAUGAUGAUGAGACAACAGAUUCGUUCUCAAGGAAUGCCUAAUGAUUUGGUUCUAGUAACAAACCAGGGAGCCAUGUAUCCUCCCAACAUGCAACCUACAUCAGGCCAGACAGCCCCUCUUCACCAUUUACCUCCACAAGGUAUGAAUCAAGGAUAUGGUAGCUACAAUGGUACUCCCAUGCAGCAAACUGCUGGAAUGAUGGAAAGUCGGACUGGGACUAUGAUGCAGUCUAGCUACAAUCAGUCAUAUGGGACGCCUCAAGGUGGAACUGGGAUGAUGGGACCCGGACCGCUGAGAAGCCAACAAGGCCAGUACAUGCAAGGUGGAAGGCCUCAGUACCCGAUGACUCAAGCAGGGCUGCAGCCUCCUAAUGUGACUGCUGGACAGAUGGGUUCUGUAUCACAAAUGGUUCAAGGUGGAACUCCAAACUAUGGAGCUGCAGCAGCCAAUCCAGGGAACAUGACAGGGAUGGGGGGUGGCCCUCCAAUGCAGCACAUGUUGUUGGCCAUGCAGAAACAGCAGUCCCAGCCAGCUAACCUAGUAGCUCAAUUACAAAGACAAGGACCUCAGCAACAUCAUCCUGGCCCGUAUCACCAGCCUGGACCUUAUUGACGUAAUAAAAGUGUUAAAAGUAAUACCUUAUGAUCUGCCACCUGUUAUAAAUUUCACUUAUAAUGCCCAACUUGUCAUAGUUGUCCUAGACUUUACUCAUAACGAAUGAAAACACCAACAUGGUUAUCAUGUGGCUUAUUGCCACCUCUGUGUGUAUGUGUGUGUGUGUAUCCAAAACAUUAUUAACUAAUGUGUGUCAUUUAAAACAAGAUUAUUAUAGAGCAUAGACCUGUCAUUCAUAAGUGUUAAAGAGUGCUGUAAUAGUUGUCUGGGACCUUACCACCAGUCUAGAGCUUACUGAUACAUUAAAGAAGUACCUUGAAAAGUAUUAUGGGUACUACCACCAGCCUUGAAACUUACUGAUGUUUGUAUCUGUGUGCACUGCCAUAUCUACUGUAGCCUUUAUUGUUGUGAACUUUACUAAUUAAUAAUGUGUAGAAAUACUGACAUAUACAUACCCUGAACUGUACUACCAAAUACAAAUUCUGCUGAUGUAUUUUCAUAAUGUUUGUCACAGUUUUCUUAGCCUCUUCUGUGAAAGAUUGUGUUUACAGGAAUUGUAUUACAGUUUUGCUACCUCCUACUCUUUUAUUUGUAUCUACAGGAAUCUUUUCACAGUUUUGCUAGCCUCGAUUCCUCAGUUAUUGUGUGUGAAGAAUUUAUUAACAUUUCCUCUGUCCCACACUGUCUUUUUCAUUUGUAUUUUUAAUAUAUUUUGGGAAACUUUGUCUAUCCCAUAAUACAUUUAUCUUGUAACAGCUCUCAUUUACUCUUAUUUUUUCAUGAUUUUUAGUGUACAGACUCUUUAAAUUUUCCUAAUUUUAUUGUGUUUUAUAAAUAUAGUGACAAUUUUCCUGUAUGUAAUUUUUCUUUACUGCAAAAAUUGUAACAAUUUCUCUGUGUAUUUAUUCUCUAGUUUUGUGUUUACAGGAAUAAUAUAAAUGUUUCUUUAUAAAUGUUCUGAUGAAAGAAAUCUUCUUACUUUUUUUUUUCUUUUUGUUACAGAAAUCUUAUAACAACACCCCUGGUGUGUGCUAUCUUUUAUGUUCAUGUAUACAAGGAUCUUAUAAAUCACUUUUUCUUGCCCCUGACCACAUUUAAUUUUAACAACUUCCAUGUUCAUUAUGAUUCAUUAUUGUUUUAUAUUCAAGAAACUUGAAACAUAACAGUUUUUUUUUUAGGUUCAUACUGUCUUUUCAGUGUUGUAUAUAGAAUAAUUGGUUGUAUUUUCUUGUUCCUUACUGUCCUUUUUUUGUUAAGUAGACAAGAACUUUUGUGAAAGUCCAGAUCUUUAUUCAUGGUGUAUUCUUUGCACAGUCUCUACCCUCUACUAUGCCUUGAAGAAAAUUUGUUAGUUUUAUGGCUUCUACACUUUUUUCAUGAGUUGCAUGAUUUUCUAUGACAGUUACCAUGGAUGCUACUAACCUUUGCUGGUGUGAUUUCAGAAAACUUCAGCUACUUUGGACCUUACUAAUGCAUUUACUGGAAUCUUGGUACCAUUACUUGGGACCUUACUAAUAUAUCUGUAUACGGAAAUCUAGGACCAUACUGAUGUAUACAUGCACAAGAACCUUGGCACAUCUCUAUUGGUUCCUACCGAUGUGCAUAUUUACACUAGCUCUGGAAUUCUUAUCAUUAUGUGUGGAAUUCCUUUUCAUGUGUAUAUAUAGAUAUAAAUAUAUGUGUAUAGAUAGAUAUAUAAAAGUUGUAUAUAAACUGUAAAUAUAUUCAUUAGGUGAUAUCCUUCUAGGAAAUCAUGAGUUGUAUCUUUGUUUAGUGUAUGCCUAAAAAACAUAUGAUGUUUGUCUUAAUCGUGUCUUAAAUAAGGUGAACAGAAUGUUGCUUUUUUUUUUUUGAAACAGCCUUCUCAAGCAUAAAGUGUUUGUGAUUUAAGAUUUGAAUUUUGGACUGGGUAAAAUAAGCAUGUAAGAUUGAAGAUUGGAAUGGUUUAUGAGUGAAAGACGUUGCUUUAGCAUUUCAUUUUCAUGUGUAAAGAACUGAAUGACUCGUGGGUGGUGGAGUUUAUAAAUUGAAGUAUAAGCUAAUGAAUGAUACAUGAGUAGACUUAAAGUUGAAUGAUUUAUGGGGUGGCGGAUAUUAUUAUGGGACUUUUUUAUUUUAAAAAAGGCCAGUUUAACAAAUGUAUUUAUAAAAAUAACAGCUUGUUUUAUAGUAACUGUUUAAUUUCCUGGGUCACAGUAAAAAAUUGAAUAACAAGAGUGAUUUUGUGGACAAGAUGAUUUAAGUUAAAUGUGAUAUUUUUAUGUCACUAUAAAUUGCAAAAACAAAAUUAUCUUGGCAUCAAAACAUUUUAGAAAUGCAAGUUUUACACGUCUUUGUACACUAUUGGAAAAGUAAAAAUUUCAGUUAUCAAAAUGUUAUGAGAAAAAAAGAGAAAAAGAAAAAAUAACUUGAGAAAAAAAAAAGAAGUAAUUAAUUUAAGUAUGUCAGUAUUAUAGACAAAUCAGCCAGCUUUAUGACAUAUUUGAGCUGUGUUGCUGCAUUCCAACCAUGUUGAAACUUAAUAUUCCACCACUGGGUGCUGUAACUUAGUCUUGGAUGUGGAACCCAGUUUUAGGAAGAUUGAAAAAUUUGAACUAGUGGGUAGAUUUGAUGUUUAUUUCAUGACAAAAGUUACUCUGAAAUAUCUCAAGAAGGAAACAAAUGUAAUAGAAACUAUUUAUUUACUAUAAAUGAAGGA